GCAGCUUCUUAUCGCCAGUUGCUUCAACAAUAGCAAUCGACGUUCAGUGCGAGGCUCUUUCUUAGCCAAUUCACCAGACGCUCUGUCCUGGAGAAUCUUGUCUUGAGCACUUCCCUCUCUUGACUCCACCAGAUUGUCAAGAUGUCCGGAGCUCAGAAUCGAGAAGCAGUCUUCCCGACUCGGCAGUCGUUGGGUUUGAUGAAAGCGAAGCUAAAGGGAGCUCAGACUGGUCACGAUCUGCUAAAGAGAAAGAGUGAAGCUCUUACGAAGCGUUUCCGAGAAAUCACGAGGCGAAUUGACGAAGCCAAACGCAAGAUGGGACGAGUUAUGCAGAUUGCAGCCUUCUCUUUAGCAGAAGUUACUUACGCAGUUGGAGGAGACAUUGGUUAUCAAGUCCAAGAAUCUGCCAAAUCUGCCAGAUUCCGUGUACGAACAAAGCAGGAGAACGUGUCUGGUGUAUUCUUGCCAGCAUUCGAGAGCUACACUACUGAGGGCAACAAUGACUUCGGUUUGACUGGUCUUGGAAAGGGUGGGCAACAGGUCCAGAGAUGUCGGGAAACGUAUGCAAGAGCUGUUGAAACUCUGGUUGAGCUUGCAAGUUUGCAGACUGCAUUUGUGAUCCUAGAUGAGGUUAUCAAAGUUGUGAACAGGAGAGUUAAUGCUAUUGAACAUGUGAUCAUUCCAAGAACGGAGAACACCAUCAAAUACAUCAACUCCGAACUUGAUGAGCUAGACAGAGAAGAGUUUUUCAGGUUGAAGAAGGUCCAAAACAAGAAGCAAAGAGACACAGCUGCUCAAGAUGCAGAAAUGAGAGCGAAGAGGGAUGCCAAGACUGCUGCCAACCAAGCAGAGGACAACAAGGAGAAUAAGGGAAGCCAAGACAUCUUAGGCGAGCAGGAGGAUGCCGAUGUUAUAUUCUGAACGAAGCACGCAUUAUUCUUUGUUUCCAAGUACCAAUUUCUUCACUUGCAUGUAGUAUUAGAGGGCACAUAUUCUAAGGAGCAUUGAUGAAUGACAAUUGGCUGCUUUUAGUUGUCCCACCCUAU